CACCAACCCACCACCACCCCAGAAUACCCCUCCGGUUCCUGCGCUUUGCCUUUACUGUCGCUCCCUAAUUGCAUUUCAAAAGCCUAGCGAUGCUCGGAGAGCAGUAAGCAUUUGCAAGAGAUAGCGUUGGACCCACAUGCAUGUCUUUGAGUCGAGCCUGCCGUUUGUGUUCACCACGGACAUUUUCUUUACGUGACUUUGCUUCACCGACCACUCGACUUACCACCGUGACUCAACGGAUCUCGUCAGUCACCACUGGCCUGCAGCGCAUGUCAACUACCGCAUCGCCGCCCCACCUGCAAGAGCGGAGCGCAAAAAGACGAAAGAUAGCAAGAUCGUCACCAAGCUCACCGAGACUGAUACACCCUUACGGCACAAUGGCACCAGAAACGUCACCCAGACCUGGAGUCCAACUCGAAUUGACCGAGGUCGAGACCAAGCUCCGGAAACUGUUGUUGGAUGUAGCUUCCUACAUUGACGAGCAGCCUGCUUCAAAAACAACAGCAGUGGAGGUGCCAAAGCAGCUUGCAGAUGAGAAGAUUGUAUUACGCUGGACGGGAGGUUGGGUGCGCGACAAGCUCCUGCGAGUGGGAAGUCACGAUAUCGAUGUAGCUAUCAACAAGAUGACCGGCGAACACUUUGGCCUCAAGCUGCAAGAGUACCUGGAGAUUCCCGGGAAUGCUGAGAAGCACGGCUUGCUCGAGAAGAGCGAAAAGACAGACAAGCUGAGCAGCAAAGACAAGGCGAAGAGAGUGGCGCCCGGCCUUCACAAGAUCGAGGCCAACCCCGAGAAGUCCAAGAACCUGGAGACAGCAACAACCAACAUUAUGGGCAUCGACUUGGACCUCGUCAACCUCCGGAAAGAGACCUACAAUGAGAUCUCUCGCAACCCGCAGAUGGAGUUCGGCACUGCUGAAGAGGAUGCCGUACGUCGAGAUGCUACAGUCAACGCCAUGUUCUUCAACUUGCACACCUGUCAGGUAGAGGACUUCACAGGACAAGGCUUUGACGACAUGGCUGCAAAGAUCAUCAGAACUCCGCUAGAGCCCGUUCAGACAUUCAAGGACGAUCCACUCCGGGUACUGCGCUUGAUCCGCUUUGCCAGCCGGCUGGACUACACAAUCGAGCCAGAGACGGAGAAGGCCAUGGCAGAUCCGGAGAUCCAAGACGUGCUCAAAAUCAAGAUCAGUCGAGAACGCGUCGGCAUUGAAUUGGAGAAGAUGCUCAAGGGCCCCCGACCACGUAUGGCGCUUGAGCUUAUCAACCGGUUCGGCCUCUACAGGACCGUCUUCACGGAUCCCACAAGAGCACUUCCAGCCGACCCCGAUACAAGUCUGUUCCAGCCAGCUUUCGAAUUCGUCGACUCGGUCAUCCAGGGUAGCGCGAAAUACUCGGUCAUUGCGGAUCACCUUCUUCGCAGUGCGGAUGAGCAGUAUCUCGGCUGGAUCUGUGCAACCAUGAUGCCGUGGGCUGACGCACCUACUGUCCCGCACCAGAAGCCUCUGCAACGGCCUUACUUCUCGGCCUAUCUUGUUGCUCGUGAAGGCUGGAAAGCUCCCAAUAAAGUCUGCGAUGUCGUUGCCGCUUCGCUGAGCAACAGCGAGGAGAUCCGCAGUCUAGUAGCACAAUGUGCAAGAGGCCUCCAGCGACCGGACACUAUCAACCCUACAAGUGAUGCGACUGCUCGAGACACACUCGGCAUGGCCAUUCGCCGGUGGGGUUCGACAUGGAGAACGCAGGUCCUGUUCAACUUGACCUACGAGGUUGUGCUUGGCAACACCUCGCAAGAGCAACUGCUCCACUCUUACUCCUCGUUCCUCUCUCACCUCGCCAAGCUCGAGAUUCUCGACGCUGACACCUUCAAACCCCUCCUCAAGGGCACCGACCUCGCAAAAGCCCUCUCCAUCAAGCCAGGCCCUUGGAUGAAGGACGCUCUCGACGUAGUCAUGGCGUGGCAACUCCGCAACCCUUCUGCGACCGACCCCACAGAAGCCAUCGUGGCCGUCAAGAAGGCCAGAGAGAGUGACAACUAAGUCGACGAAUACACUCGAAGCUUCGAAGGAGCCUGCUCCGUGGAAGGAUCCCCACA